CAAACAAGAUGGCCGCCUAAGGUCCAACGUAAUGUGGCUGGAAUCAAGUGAAAACGAUAGCACAGUAUGGUUUUUCAAGGCAAACAUUUUGACAUAUUUUGCAGCUUGAGAUAUCAGUAUAGUUUGUAUAUCUUUAAGUCGUCACCACAACCCAUCUACCAUCUUUAAAUGGUUUCUCGACCUCGCCUGGAGAAAACAAAUGAGGUUCCGUAUAAUGAAGACCUUCGUGGGGAUAAGUAGUUCAGAAGAUGAAUGAAUGAAUGAAGUUUUUGGACAAAAUGUGGAAGGUACCUUUCUGCCUUACCUUGGACAAAGAAGUUAAGGAGUCUGUAGUGGGUGAGUGGUGUGGACCAGUGUGAUAAUUGAUCCAUUCUGUUGGUGUGAAAACCACCCACAGAGCAUGGGGAUGAUAGAGCUUCAGAAGACAUCCACAAUGUGUAGUUGGAGAGAUCCUGCUAUGGGAUAAUAUGGAUGUGUGUGCUGUAUCAAGGGACUUGUCAGUGUAUGUUUGUGUAAGACAAGAGGGUUAGAGUUGCGUGCACCACCAGCAAUUGCUGCGCGCGUGCGGAGAUCGUGGCGCAUUGGUCUACUGUGAAUGAACGUGCGCGCUGGAAGCAGAGGAGGAGGGAGAGGACUCAGGGAAAAUCUUGGCUGCGGAGACUGUCACUUGACACAGUGCACAGCAGCGGACAGAUGCACACACUCAACAUCGUUCCAUUUUCUGCAGCAGCACAAGAUACACCAAGAAAAGAACUUAUCCCCCCCUCCCUCCUCCAGCAGGAUCUUUAACGCACAGCGGUGCCGACAUGCUGAAGAUGCGGAGAUGAGGCUUGCGCGGUUCUCCAUGCUGCUGAAGCCUCUUCUCCUCCUCCCCUCUUCCUCCUGAUGAGGGGAGCAAAGAGGACGAAAACAAGGCUGACUCAUGUGUUCUUUCUCAAAAAGAAAAUCGCAAAGGUGGAGCGAUUAGAGCUGGGCUCAUGACGGGACUAUUAAUCCUAUCAGUGCACCAAAGAGGUUUGAAAACGUUUGGAUGGAAAUCGGGCAAGUGUCUCCAACUGUUUUUGGUCUUGUAUGAAACCGGCGAUUAGUUGCUUCUUCAUUCCUUAAAGUGGACUGGACUGUGGAGAUCUUUUAAGGGACGAGCGGUUUCUCAGCGUAAAUGUUGCCUAAAACUCAUCUAGUGUUUUUUCACCUCGAGUACUCCUCCAUCUAAAUGGAAUUAGUUGAGUCUACAGCCGUUUGUGAAAGGAACAGACAUGGUACAUGGACAUAGCUUCCAUCACGUUGUUGCAAGUCUUCUUCUACUUGGCUUGUCUGGCGCAACAAAGAGAGAUCCAUCAGUGAAAAACAAUUCUGGAGUGAAACCAGCCGGUCAAUGUGGCACAUGGGUGAAAGAAUCAGAAGGAGGUCUCUUCACUUCUCCCAAUUACCCAAACAAAUACCCCCCAGACACAGAGUGUGUGUACAUCCUUGAAGCACCCCCAAGGCAGUGCAUUGAGCUCCACUUUGAGGAGCAUUAUUCGGUAGAGUCCUCUUGGGAAUGUAAAUUUGACAACAUUGAAGUUCGCGAUGGUCCUUUCGGCUUCUCUCCUAUGCUCGGACGCUAUUGCGGUCAGCACAGCCCGCCGGACAUCAGGAGUAGCGGCCGUUACCUGUGGAUAAAAUUUGUUACGGAUGGCGAAUUGGAGGCUGUGGGAUUUUCAGCCAGUUACAACUUCACUGCAGAUCCAGACUUUUCAGACAUGGGAGUACCACCACCCCUACCCUCGUGUCAGUACGACAUGGUUGGUCCGGAAGGCAUCGUUGAGUCUCGUCAGAUCACCAGAGACGGGAAAGCUGGAGCCAACGAGGCCGUCGACUGCAAAUGGUACAUCCGGGCGCCGCCACGGUCCAAGAUCUACUUGCGCUUUCUUGACUACGAGAUGGCCAACUCCAACGAGUGCAAGCGCAACUUUGUGGCAGUGUAUGACGGCGGCAGUUCAGUGGAGGACCUGAAGAGCAAGUUCUGCUCCACUGUGGCCAAUGACCUCAUGUUAGUGUCGACGUUAGGCGUCAUCCGGAUGUGGGCGGACGAGGCCAGCCGGAAAAGCCGCUUCCGCAUCCUUUUCACGACCUACCAAGAACCUCCAUGUGAUCCAGAUGCCUUCUUCUGUCACAGUAACAUGUGCAUAAACAACACACUGGUGUGUAACGGCCAGCAGAAUUGUGUGUAUCCUUGGGAUGAGAAUCAGUGUAAAGAGAAGACGAAAGCCAACAUCCUAGACAACCUGAACAACACAAACGGGACCAUCAUUGGCGUAACCUGCUGCAUCGUCCUUCUCCUCCUCAUCAUUUCCGUCAUUGUCCAAAUUAAGCAGCCUCGCAAAAAAUACAUACUGCGGCGUGAGGACUUUGACCCGACCAUGUUCCAAGAGGUCUUCGAGCCGCCUCAUUACGAGCUGUGCACUUUACGCAGCGCCGCCACCACCGCUGCCUCAGCAGACCUAGUAGACCUUGCAGAAGACUUUGAGAACUACCACGCUCUCCGUCGUGCCUCCUCGCGCUGCAUCCACGACCACCACUGUGGCUCGUCCUCCAACCCGGGCUCGGCCCACAUAUCCCAGCUGUCCCUCAGCGGACGAGGGAGCCGCGGUAACCUGAGCUCGCGGGACGCGGCAGCAGCCAGCCUCCUCGCGGACCUCCCGCAGCCUCCCAUGUCCGUGAGGCCUCUGCUACCUAGCGGGGGGAACCGGAGGAGCAUCUUGGUCAUGAAGCACAGCUACUCACAAGAGGGAGCGGACAAUGGUUGUGACCUGGAUGACGACCUGGAUGAAGUUCCAACCACCAGCCACCGGCUUUCGCGCCACGAAAAGGCAGUACAGCGGUUCUGCCUCAUUGGCUCUUUGAGCAAACAUGAAUCAGAGUACAACACAACUAGGGUCUAAGAGACAAUCUCAAGACUUCUUGUGAGUAGUGACGUCCCGGAUGAGUGUGAGCGGGCAUCACUGACAUGAGACAAAGCGGACCGGACAUUUACACCAGCACGAUGCUGACGCUGAAGAGACACUUUGAUGCAAAAAUAUCCAAAUGAUUUGAUCGCGUGCAAAAGAUGAGCACAAAGGACUAAAUGAAAAUAUUUCCAGUUGUAAUUCUUUGAAAGAAGAUUGCUAUAUGUCCAUCUCACUUGUGUUUUUGUCUCCGUAGAAAACUAUUGGAUCUACUUAAUUCCUAAAUUUAGGAUAUUUCUACAACCGUCACUGAGGAUAAACCUGAUGUGAUGCUAAAUUAAGCAUGCAUUAUCCAAACAGGUAGAUUUAUAGUUUUCCUAAUAAAUUGGAAUAUGACCAAGACUUCAUUGUUAGGCAGCACUUUUGCAUGCUUAUUUAAUAAUAAUUGAAAUACAACUAGAACAUAUCAGAACACCUACUAAUACCGACCACAAUUUAAGAAAUGAAAUGCACUGCAUGCUGGUAGCUGAAAACAAUUAGAUAAUAAACAAAAUUAAUUCAUUUAAUGUUAUUUAUUUACUUUGACAGUUUUCUUUUACAAGUUUGUCUUCUAACGAUCACCGUAGGCAACUUAACGUCUUUGUAUCAAACCAGACUUUUCUACUUGGACAAAAUAAGAAUGUUUUUCACAUUAUUCAAACGAUCCUUCAGGGUUGGUUUUAUUGAUGCUUUGUAACUAUAUUAAUAUUAAAUAACAAUAAAGCACUUUUUUGUUGUUUUGUUGAGCUUCAUGGUAAAUACAGUGUCAUGCAUGUUUCACAGAUUCAUGGUGAGUUUUAAGUGUGUGUUUGUUCUUUGCUUUGUUUUCCGCCAACGUGAAAAUUGAUGGGAGGUUUUUUUAUAUGUAUAAACAG